GAGCGCGGUUUGGGACAACGGGGAGACAAGUAGAGGACAGUGAUGUGGGACUGAGUCUGAGGGUUGCCUGGAAACAGCAGCAUGCCAGUACAACAGAUCACCGUGGUACCAGCCAGGGACAACGGCAACAGUGGCAAAAGCUCCUCGCGCUCCAAAGACAAGAGUGAGGGGAAGAAGGCCCCCGGACGCUCAGGAAGUCGAUCCAGCAACAUCUCCAAGGUCAGCAACUCAACAGGGCUGACCACAGCUUCGAGGACCUCAGUUACCCCAUCUUCUCAGGACAUAUGCAGUUCUGCCCCCCUGUCCCGUUUAGAAGAGGACGAGUCUGAAGCACAAAACUCAGGGAAGCACACAAGCUCCUCUACAAUGACAGUAGCAAACGCGCUUGGCUCCUCCUGCACCGCACCGCCCCCCAAAAAACAGGUGAAACGCCGCCACCGUCGCAAAUCCUCCGCCUGCCCCUCCUUCACCUGUGUGGACCCUACCUCCAACCAGGACCUGACCGAGCGCAGCCUGAACUCAGACCGCAGCGAGAGGGGGGAGAAGAGGGAUUGGCCUUCGAAAACCAAGAAAGACCUAGCCCCUCGCCUCCGCUGUUCCGGUGCCCCCCAAAGCGACUCCACCUCGGAUGAAGACAGAUGGAGACAGGCCCGCAGCUGGAGCAAGGAGAAGGCCAGAAGGGCUCGGAGACGCAGUGCGAGCAGCCGGGACAGAGAUGUGGUCCAAGCGUUUGAGAUUAAAGCGGAGGAGAUGGAGCUACAAUCAAUAAGUUCGGAGGAGGAGAAGGAGAACCAGCUAGAGGAGAGCAGCGGAGGUCUGAAGAGGCGCCACGGGAGCAGGGCGUCAGUGAAACAAAAUGUAUCUAGAGAUGAGGUGUCAGAGGUGAGGGAGACCACCAUGAGUAAAGACCAAGACGAGAAGUCCCACACCAACACCCCGUCCACUGAGGAGGAAGAGCCAGAGGAGCUCAUCACCAAACGCUACCAGGAGAGGGGCACAGGGGACGGGGACAUGUCAGUGCCCGCACCCCAGGCCCUCUGCACAGGCAAUGGGGUCACCAUGCUGCACCAAUGCUCUGACUCCGAAACAGAGGUCUGCAGGAUCUGUCACUGUGAGGGCGAUGACGACUGUCCGCUGAUCAUGCCUUGCCGCUGCACUGGGAGCUUGAGUUUUGUUCAUCAAACCUGCCUCAACCAGUGGAUCAAGUCUUCAGACACACGCUGCUGUGAGCUCUGCAAGUUUGACUUCAUCAUGGAGACCAGGCUAAAACCUCUAAGAAAGUGGGAGAAGCUCCACAUGUCCAAAAGUGAGAGGAGGAAGAUCUUCUGCUCCGUCCUGUUCCACCUCAUUGCCAUUGGCUGCAUGCUGUGGUCAGUCUACAUCCUGGUCAAGAGAACAGCAGAGGAAGUUCGACUGGGAAAGAAUGGUGUGCUGGAGUGGCCGUUCUGGACAAAGCUUAUCGUGGUGGCCAUAGGUUUCACUGGAGGACUCAUCUUCAUGUACAUUCAGAGUAAAGUGUACCUGCAGCUGUGGCACCGGCUCAAAGCCUUCAACCGCAUCAUCACAGUACAGAACUGCCCUGACAAGGAGCUGCACAACCCCCUGGCCCGCAGGUCUCACCAUAGCAAUCACAGUGUGGAGGUUCCUGUCAGCCUGGCCCCUGUCAGUCCGGCCCCUGUCCCCAUACAGGAUCACCCAGACUCAGACCUGUCCGUGGAGGCUGCGGUGGCUCCUGUACACAGCCCUGUCUGACUGUUUUACACUCAU